ACUGUCAGUAAUGAAAACAGCAACAACAAUAUAAUACGAUAAUAACAACUGCGCUACGCCAACUGAAAUACUUAAACAACACACAUAAAUACUGGCAACAACAAGAAUAAGCGCGGAGGAAGCAUGGCUACAAUAAGACAGAGUAAAAAUGUUAUGGAAGCAACAGGCCAAAAGCAAUUAGCAAUAAGCCAAAUAUUACCUCUCGGGCGAGAUCAGUUUAAGCGAGACAGUCGAGUGGAAAAGUUAACAAACGCGGACAAAACGAGCGAAACACUACAGCGACGAAUCGUUGUUGGAAGCGUAAAAAAUAAAAAUAAAAUAUUACUGAACAACAAGUGUUGACUGAGAUUUAAUUUUAGUGAAUAUUGUUGGUGCUUAAUAAAGUCAAAAACUAUUUUUAUCGUGUGCGACAACAUUUAAAAUCAAACGGUAGCGGUAAUUGCAAGCGACAGCAAGUGAGAAGCACUUCUUGCAAUAGUGAAAAAAGAGAUUGUUUUUAAUACUAAAAGCAAACAACAAUAACAAAAAAUAAAAUUUCGCAAGUGAAGUGCCACACAAGAGUUGAGUGUAAAUUCUAGCAGAUUUCUAGCCAGCAAAGGCAUAGUGAAAGCAAACCUUUUGGUAAACAAAAGACUUAAGCGCCGAACGCGAUGACCACACAAGCGCACAUAACACCGAAGAUGAGCGCGGUAAGGAGCCAGCUGCUCGCGGCCUUGCUAAUAUUCGUCAGUCUGCUAGUCAGCCAGGUGGCAACACAAGAACUGUCGACACAAAAUGAAUUUGCGCCACGCGUAACGGCGACAUGCAAAUCGGGCACAAUGAAUAUCAAAGUGAAAUUCAACGGUCCCUACACGGGUGCAGUACAUGCGCGCGAUCAUCGCAAUGCGGCCUGCAUGGCCAUGGGCGACAGCUCUGAUGCGGUGGGCUUCAGCAUAAAUCUGUUGGCGAAACAGGGUGCGCCCGAUUACUGUGGCGUGUUGGUCAGCAACGUGAGUGGUGCCAAUCGUACCGAGGAGCGUUCGAUACAGUUAGCGGUGCGUGUGCAUAAAACGCUGGAAUUGGCGGACGAUAAAUUUUAUGUGAUCACAUGCGGCAAAUCUGGUUUUGGGCGCGAUGACAACUCCCAUGUCAUUUUGAAGUUCUUCGAUAAUGAGCGCCGCGUUCGCGAAACGGUUUAUGGACAUGAGUAUAAAAUACGCGCAGAAUUAACGAAGCCAAAUGGCACCUAUGGCGUACGUGUUGCCAACUGCUUUGCGUUUGACAAGAAGAACGUCACCAUUCAGUUGAUCGAUGAGAGAGGCUGCCCGAAGGAUGAUAAUAUUAUUUCCCGUUUCGUACCAAGCCCGGAUGGACAUAGUGCCGAAGCGACACUCAAGUCCAUGUUCAAGUUUCCAGAAGACUCAGAGGUUCACCUGCAGUGCGAUGUGAUUCAAUGUUAUGGCCGUUGCAUGGAAGAUGAAGACUGCAAGCAAAUUGCAUUGGCUGGUGCGGGCGCGGUUGGUUUUAGCAAAGGUGGCAACGCUAAAUUGGGUCCAAACGAAGAGGGAUCCUUAGCGGGCACCACCGUGUUUGUGCUGGAUCCUUCUCAGGCGCCAUUGGUUACCAGUACUUGCGAGGACACCAUUAACCCGCCAUGGCUGCUCUGGUUGGCCAUUACUCUGGGCGUACUCUUCCUCAUCAUGUUGCUGAUGAACAUUUUCCUUUGCACUGCAAUGAGUUGUAGUUGUGCGAACACCGAGAUCAUCGAAAAAGAACCAUCUAUCAUUGAAGAAUACGAUCCGUACAGAAGUUGGCAUGGUAGCCAGUAUGGAUCGCGUUACUCACUGCAUGGGCGUGAUGCGCAUAAAGGCUACACAAGCGGUGGCUCGACGAUACACUCGAAUAGGUCGAUUCCCAUUGAUAACGACAAUUACGCAAUUGUACAUUCACGCCCCGGCUCUAGACAAACCGGACAUGCGCAAGGACACCGCUCCCGCGGACCACCCAGUAAUAUGUAACACAAAUAUUAAGUAUCUUUAUGAUUAUAAUGCUAAUAAUACUUAUUAUUAAGUACAUUUCUAAGAUUUUUCAUUGAAAAGUAAAAUCAUUUACUUAAAAAAAAAACAAAGGAAAUUGUAAAUAAACUAGUUUCAGCGCUCUAACCUCAAACUUUUCAUACACACUCACUUCGGCCUUGAACGCUUUACGAUAUUAACGAGUGCACUCGAAAUUUGCUGAGCAGCAAUGCUCUCAAAGCUUCGAGUGCAAAAUAAUUUUCAUUUAAUUACAAUUAAAAAGCAAACUAAAAACCGUUAGUUUUCACAAUAACAAUAUUAAAAUUUCAAAAUUAAAUCUAUUCACAGCACUAUAAUAUCUUAAACCAAAAACAAACAAAAAAACUCAAAUCUGUCUCAAUACGCGCCACUGUAUUAUACUUGCGUCUAUUUUGCUACUUCUACUUAUAUAUAACCUUACAUAAGUUAAGAUAAGUACGAAAUGUAUCAAUAUUAACCCAGUGUAUUACUAACGAAAAAUAAAAUUAAGUCAUUAGUUAAAUAAGCUCGAAUUAUAAACUCUCACAAAGCGAUUGAAAUAAAAUGUUAGGCAUAUUUUGAAAAAUUAAAAAUAAAUCAGAAUCAAAAUUA